AGGCUCCUUUCUAAACAUGUGUCUCGAAUAAUUAACCCAUGUUUCCAUGUGUGAAAAAAUAAAAUAAAAUAAUUUGUAAACUAAACAACUAAAAAAAGGUCUACUUGUAAUCCAACCGAUAUCCAACUCACCCCUUUUCGGUGUCGGCCAUUCUUCUCCUUCCUUUUAACGCCUUAUUUCUCCGGCCGAUCAAUUCUCGUCGUUUUGAUCUCAAUUUCGAUUCUCCGAUCUCUUCACAGAUCCGAUUUCGAGUCACUUCCGAAUCGGAUCCGGGUCAAAUGGCGGCAUCACGGAGGCUCCUAGAUCUCCAAGAGUGAACUGAUUGUACCUGUUCUGCUGCGCUGUAUUAUGUCUACUUACUUAUAGCUGAUAGAGUUGCGAUGUGGUUUGUGUAGGGAUUUGGUAGGUUAUCUAUGAUAGCUGCAACAGCAGCACAGUCGGCUGCAAGUGUGGUUCAAGUGGGGACAAAGGAAUUGACUACUAAGCUUUUGUGCACCUCGACUGAUUCCACGGGAUACCUGCCACCUGCCACCAGCAACAGGAGAGAGGGGAGCACAACAAUGGCGAGCGAAACAAUGGCUGAACAACAAAAGAAACGAACAAUGGAGGCAUUAGAACGAAGAUUCGCUCAAGCAAAAGCUGAAAUUCAUCAUCAACAGCACAAGAAUAAGAAAAUCACUGUUACUACAACAAAAACUCCAGAUGAAAACAACAUUGAACUCACUUCCCAUGGUAUCAAUUCUUCGCUUUCGCCUCUCAAAUCAAUAGCAACUUCCUCAGCUCCAUCAUCCAAAAAAGGCCAUAUAUCUUUUUCUGGCCAUACAUCUGCUCAAGAUGUUGAACUGAAUAAUCCAGCAUACCUUCAGAUAUCCCAUUCAGUAGACGAUAAUCUUCUGAAAAUUACCACUGAGAUUUCUGGUAAAAGCAUGACUGCUAACGAUAUUUUGCACGAUCUUCUCCAACAUGGUGAUUCAGCGCAGAAAUAUAUGCAGGGGUCAAAAAAUGUGAAAGUUGAUAAUUGGAUUCUUCUUGAUAAUGUUGUGCGAAAAAGCAGCAUUGCUACUGGAGCUCGUAGUCGGGCUUUGCAGAGACAGUCAAAGAGAUCUAAAAGACAUAUGUCCAUAAAGCAACAUAAGAAGUUUGGAUCAUUUGAUUUGCCUCAAGAGUCUCAUAAUUAUGACAUCUUCAAGCCAAUGCAUGAUAAGUGGAAAGACUACGUGAAAAAACUCCUAAAGAAUAUUGGGAAAAAUCAGUUAGCACAAUGUCUUCUUAAUGCAGACUUACAUGGUGCACUAAUUCUAGUUGUUCAGUGCAAAAUAGCAGGCUUAAUUGGUGUACGUGGUAUCAUGAUUCGUGAGACUGUAGAAACAUUUGGAAUAAUCACAGAAGAGAACAAAUUCCAAGUUGUACCAAAAAAGCUCUCUGUAUUUAUGCUACAAGUGGAUUGCUGGAAAGUUACAUUACUUGGAGACAAACUCACUUCGAGAAACAUGACUACAUGAUAUGACUAAAUAUCUAAAAAUGUUGCCACAAGCUGUGGUUAUAACUAAACAUCCUUUUUGCAGUAUCAUCUUACAGAUGAAGAAUGAUUCCAAUACCCUGUGAAGGUAGAGAAUUUUUCCAAUUGGGAUAUUCCUCGGGUCAUUUAGACUUGUACAGUUUAACUUCUAUUUAGAAAGCGAUAUUUAUCGUAUUGAUAUUACCCUUAAAAGAAAGGAACUUAGAGACUUCUUGGAGAAA